CGACUUUGACAGUUGUUCAUUCAUUUCCCACAUAAAUAGUACCCAUUCGAUAUUCGUAUUUGAUUUUUUGGUUUUGGCUAGAAAAAAAAUUGGAUUUCCAAAAGAUUGCCAUUCGAAUCGUAGUUUGUAUGUGAUAAAAAAUAUCGCAGAGAAAUUUUGCUUUGUCACAUGAGAAUCAAACGACUUCCAGUCAGAUAGAAGUGAAAAAAGAAAAUACCGGAACGGUAAUCACUGACGUACGGUCAGUUCAAUUUUGUUCAAUAGUAAUCGUGAUAGUUUUAACUGAAAAUGUUGUUGAAAACGCUUGCACGGUCGAAAUUAUACAGCUGUGGAAGAACACUGACAAAUGUCAAGCCGUUGGAUUAUGUAAAAUGCAUAAGAUUAAGAAACUUUUCAACAUCAUUGUCGCGCUCGGAAAAAUUGUACACCGAACAUCUGGAGAGUUUACACCGUGACGGCGUGCGAUUUGGGCAGCCGACACAAUUUAGUCAUCCACAUAUUCUGAAAACAGAUGAACUGGCCAUCGGAUUACUGCCGAGUGAGUUUGCUGAUAGAAGGAAUAGGCUGAUGCAGAAAAUCAAGGAGCAUUGUGUUAAAUAUGGCAAACCAAGCCGAAAUAUUGUGAUUAUACCCGCUGCCAUGAAAAAGUAUAUGACUGGCAAAAUUCCGUAUUUUUUUCGGCAAAACUCGGAUUUCUUCUACCUGACUGGUUGCCUAGAGCCUGAAAGUAUACUGGUGCUGUGGAUGGAAGAUGAAGGCCAAUCAAAAUCGGCACUAUUUAUGCGACCGAAAAAUAAACACGAAGAACUUUGGGAUGGACCACGAACGGGCGUAGAUCAUUCAGUAACUUUCUUUGGUGUUGACGAGGCACAUCCAUUGGCAGAUGUAGCUAAAUUUGUUGAAAAAUACGUGUCCAAAUCGAAGUCAGUCAACGUUUGGUACGAAAAUAAUGAUGAAAUCCAGCCAAAACUCUACUCAAAUCUGCGACCAAUAUUGUCAACCACGACAUUGUUUCAGUCUCCUCUUGAAUUUUUACAUGAACUCAGACUUAUUAAAUCACCCGCUGAAGCGAAUCUGAUGCGGAAAACCUGUGAAAUUGCCUCGAAAGCAGUUAAUUUGACGAUGCAACAGUCUAAAGCGGGUGAUUCAGAACAUCAUAUUCAUGCACGCGUCGAUUAUCACUGCCGAAUGAACGAUGCACAAUUUUUGGCAUAUCCACCAGUGGUGGCUGCAGGGAAUAAUGCCAAUGUCAUUCACUAUAUAAACAACACACAAGUUGCAAAGGAUGGUGAACUUGUUUUGAUGGACGCAGGUUGUGAAUAUGGUGGAUACAGCAGUGAUAUUACACGAACUUGGCCCGUUAGUGGUAAGUUUACGCCAGCCCAAGAAGUACUAUAUGAAGUGGUACAUGAAGUGCAAAAGGAGUUACUGAAUGUGGUGUCAACGGUUGAAAAUGUGACAUUGGAUCAACUGUUUGAUUUGAUGUGCUUCCGCUUGGGAAAGUAUUUACAAGAAAUUUGUGUCAUCAAUAAGUCGUUGAAUGAGCUCGAUUCAGCGAGAAGGGCUGGCUAUAAAUUCUGUCCACAUCAUGUGUCGCACUACUUGGGAAUGGACAUUCAUGACACGCCUCUGAUUCAACGUAGUCGUGUACUCACACCAGGAAUGGUAUUUACUGUUGAGCCAGGUUUAUAUAUCCCAGCCAAUAGUUCGGAAGUUCCACAAGAAUUCCGUGGCAUUGGUAUUCGAAUCGAAGACGAUGUUCUUUAUACAAAGGACGGUGCCGAAGUGUUGACAAAAAAUUGCAUCAAAGAAGUAUCCGAGCUGAAAAAAUUAAUUUCAAAUUGAAUCUAAAAAUAAUAAUGUAUGUGAUGUGUGUUGGUUUUACGUGUGGCAUGGUCUAAGAACAAAUGUUUUUAAAUAAAAUUCGAAAUGAAAAUCAA